UGUGAGGUGGCGGUAGCAUUUUGCUGUGGUCCUCUAUAUUCAGCUAUACCCGGGCAGUAUGUACGCUGAGAGCUGCUUUGCACAACAAUAGUGUAUGGGAGAAGAAGUGCUUGUGGUUAUUCCCUGAAGAUGUUUGCAAAGGCAACCAGCAGUUUUGUGAAACAGAUUGAGAGCAGUGGUGACCUGAUCCCUGUUAGCAGCCUGAAUGAUUCCGACAAACUGCAGCUUCUGAAUCUGGUAACAAAGAGGAAGAGGGGAUGGUUCUGGAAGAAAGCAAAGUACUAUCCGUCCACUUUUACCCUUCAAGACAUAUUGACUGGUGACAGUUCCAUCAAACCUGCUGUCACCGAAUCUGAAUUUCUCAAGUAUGAAGGAAAAUUUGAAGACAAUGUGGAGGCAGGUACGGAAACUGAGAUUGCCAAUUUAAGCUUUAGCCUGGAAGGUCAGGACUCGGUGGCACUGGAAUCUUCUUUUGGAAACCUGAAGAAACAAGAAAUUGAUCUGGGUCAACUUUUAAAAAUAGUUGAGAAAAGGUAAAUAGCAGCAAGUACAUAGCUCUUAGCUUAUUUGUGUUGCCACAGAACAAUAUAAAUAAAUCCAAGUCUGUUUAA